GACAUUACUCCCCGUGUGCGGCACGCCGUAGGCGUCCAAUGCGAGUCUAGUAUGGUGGGGGUCACCGUUGGCGUCCAAUGCGAGUCUAGUAUGGUGGGGGUCACCGUUGGCGUCCAAUGCGAGUCUAGUAUGGUGGGGGUCACCGUUGGCGUCCAAUGCGAGUCUAGUAUGGUGGGGGUCACCGUUGGCGUCCAAUGCGAGUCUAGUAUGGUGGGUGCCACCGUAGGCGUUCAAUGCGAGUCCAGUAUGGUGUGUGCCACCGUAGGCGUUCAAUGCGAGUCCAGUAUGGUGGGGGCCACCAUUGGCAUCCAAUGCGAGUCUAUUAUGGAAUAUCCCUCCUCACCUCGCAUCCAUGCAAAGUUGGACUGUGGAGUACAGACAGAUAUUCACAGUCAAGAUGAUCGAGAUGUUGAUGAUUCAAGUGAUUGGGUGUCGGUUACCUUGGCCGAUGUUGCGAAGAUUUACAAUCCCCCUUCAAGCAUGCUCAUGAAUAUGGGGUGGGAGGAUGCAAGUCUACCGCAUCCUGAUGAAGGCAUAAAUGAACAGUAUACGGACGAUACUGGAUAUGAAUUAACAUCAGGAAAUCUCAGUGAUCAUCCUGGUGAUGAAUCACAUAUUGAAUCAAUUCAUCUGGAAGCAUCGAGCACUUCCCAGAGCUACAUUUCGCAUACGCCCAGCCUUCCCGAUGAUCCUAGUCUGAUGUGCAACGCCCAUUCUUCAGGCGAACGGCAUGACCAUCCCGGUCAUGAUACGGUGCAGAAAACAUGCGGCUUGCCUGCCUCACCUCCGUUAAAGUCAAGAUUACGCGAUCACAAACAGGCUCGCCCGACAAACACUCCUGCUGUAGCCCAUCAAACACAAGGUCCAUCGAAGCCUGGACGUCCAGUCGUAUAUGCUACCCAAAGGCCCGCACUGAAGGGUAAGGCCUCCAAAGUGUCGCAAAUGUCUACAGCGCACCAGUAUACAAUCCAAGGUCUCCUUGACGAGUCUCAGACAGGGGGAAACAGUGUUACGCAAUCUAUUGCCGCCUUUCUCAUGGACCCUAAAGGACUAGAUUUCCUCCAAUCUACCAUCCAAUCGAAUCAUGAUUCCUGGUUGGCCAUCGCUCGGCAUGUGGCAUUACUGCUUCGUGAUGAAUGCAUGUCCCAUGCCAUGAGCAGAGCAGCAUCGUCAUUGAUGGCGAUUGAACUAUGGGUCAAGGAUAUAGCUAUUGAGUGCGAUGAGGUACUUCGCGAUCAGACUGGCGAUUCAGUCCUUCCCCAAUUGGCUCAUUGUGUGAUUGUUGAACUGUCGAACAGCGCCUUAGUGGAUGAGGACUCGUUGCGCUGCACACUGCACAGAAUUUGGGUAAAGUCAUUGGUUGACAGUCGUACCAGUCUGCUGGACUGA